GUCUUCCUCUGUCACUCCAGACUUCUCAACGACAACAUCAUGAAGAAUAAAGCCUCCAUGGCAUCGGCCUCUGCAGUGAUGAUUGCCCUUGUCCUGGUUGUUUAUCUGGGGUUCUUUCAGACUGUCUCUGAAUCUCAUUUAAAUUUGCAUGAUGCUGAUGAGUGGGAGGAUAGCAUUCAUGCAACACCAAACAGCAAAUAUAAGUACACCUGGCCUGAAUGUGAACGGGACAGUUCUGUUGAAAGCAUCUCAGGUUUCGACACCCUACCUGAUCAUAUUAAAGACUUCCUUUACUAUCAGCACUGUCGGCAUUUCUCCAUGCUGCUGGAUGCCCCGCACAAAUGUGGAGGACCCAAAGGUUCUGCUCACGUCUUCCUUCUUCUGGUUAUUAAAAGUUCACCGGUGAACUACGACCGCAGAGAGGUGCUGCGCAACACCUGGGCCAGGGAGAGAAUUCAGAACGGAGUGUGGAUCCGGAGACUCUUCAUCUCUGGAACACAGGAAACUGGUUACAACCAGAAAAGGCUGAACAGACUUCUUGCGUUGGAGCAACGCAAGUACCACGACAUCCUCCAGUGGGACUUCCACGACUCCUUCUUCAACCUCACCUUGAAGCAGGUACUCUUCCUGGAAUGGAUGGAGAGAAACUGCCCUCAUGUUCGCUUCCUCCUAAACGGAGACGAUGAUGUCUUUGCCAACACGGACAACAUGAUUCUGUACCUCCAAAACCUGCCAGACAAUAAUGGAAGCAAGCAUCUCUUUGCUGGUGAUGUGAUAAAAGGGGCGAGGCCGAUUCGAAGCGAAAACAGCAAAUACUACAUUCCACCUCAAGUGUACGAUGCU